AUGCCUACUACUGUCGGGUCAGUGCGUAGUAGUAACAUCGGGGCAGCGGCGGCGAGUGGGGAGUUCCUCAGUCUACUCGGCAUUAGAUCCCCAACUCUUCUCGAUGAUGCCCAUCGCCCAUUUGGAGGGAGGCUAGUCUGGUCACGUAACGAUGACCGUCACUAUCAUGGGGUUGACUUGGUCAUUGGUCGGGAUGGGUUCGCUGUUCGAGAGAUACCUGUCGGGCACCAGGCGCCGUUGGAGAUACGGAGGUCUCUGCGCGGCUAUGUCACCACGAAGCAGCUCGGCGCCGCGCUACUCAGCUCUCCUUUUGUACAGCUAACUGUGCAGAAGUACCUUGUGGAAACUCAAAGUGUUGUUCAAUUGUUGGCCCAUCACGCCGAAUGCGCUCCCGAAGACAUAUCCUACGCCGGCCGGAAGGAUGAACACGCUGAUACCACUCAGCUAAUCACAAUGCCACAGGAGGCUUUCCUGAGGUUUUUCCGCAAACAUCGUCAACUCCGGCUACCCUUCCGGAUCGGGGACCCUUUAGGAGUCGAGAGAGCACUCAAGUUGAGUGAUCUUAGCGGCAACCACUUUCGCCUGGUGUUCACCGGCGAUUCCCGAGUUAUAGAGAGUGAGGCACACGAUGCGGCUUUAGCUCGAAUCGCCGAAGGAGGUUUUGUCAACUACUUCGGCCCUCAAAGGUUCGGAUCGCCAAGGUACAUGACUCCUGUAGUAGGUUGGCAUUUGAAUACGGGUAGGGUGGAAGAAGCAGUGAUGGCUCUCCUGGCGAGCCAGGGGGAACCCUCCCGGAACGACGUUUCGAAGAAGAUUCUCGGAAAGAACUUCAAAUCGCUUCAAAGGAAUCUCCCUGAGGAUGUUUCCUCGAGGGAUGAUCACCACUUGAUCGAAGCGAUUGUGAAAUACCCGAAGAGACUGUGGCGGACUAAAAUACCAGCGUCACUAUGGAGCACUUACAAUAACGCUUUCGAAUCUCUGCUGUGGAAUUACGUUGUGAGUGCGAGGAUUGAGCGCUAUGGCAUGAAAGGUGUCGCUGGUGAUCUAUGGUCAGAUGAGAGUGGGAAAGUCGCUAUUCGCUCGUCAACAUCGUCAGAUGUCCCAGAUCUCAUCACCAGGGUAUGGUUGAUCGCAUUCUGUGAGCCAGUGUAUUGA